ACUCUCCUCUCGCACUGCGAAGGUGUCGCGCAUGACGGAGCCUCGUACGUAAGUAGACGCCGUGUGUCUGAGCACCUCUGAGGCGCUGGCCGAGCGCCGCCCGUCCCCCGGGGAUGUAAACAGCUUACGGCCGACUUUGCGGCGUAAAGAGCCCAAUGAUAUCAGCUGCCUGCGUUGUCGCGCCGCUUGGCAUGCCUAAACCGUUGUCUCGCAUGCACUCUGAAGCCGUCCCAGCAUGGGCCUCGGAGGGGGUGGCCGCGGGUAUCGGCUGUUGCACCUGACGCGUCCGUUGAUAUUCCCUUGACGACCGCGGAUCGGAUACCAGUAUUCAGGGGCCACCAUGCCCGCCACGCUGCUGUGGGCCGUGGACGUGUACGGCCGGGUGUACAGCCUCUCCACCGCCGGCCAGCGCUGGGAGCGCGCCGACGACAUGCUGCUGGAGCUGAAGCGCGUGACUGCGGGCAAGGGCCGCUGCUGGGGCAUCGGCUGUGACCACCACAUUUACCUCAACAUGAUGCCCGGCGAGACGCCCGUCCGCUACCGGGAGGAGACCUACGAAAACCAGAGGUGGAACCCGGUGGACGGCUUCGCCGACACGCUGCUGCCCACCGACCGCUGGCCGUGGAGCGACGUGACCGGCACGAACCCCCGACCGCUGAACGGCUUCCAGUCGCCCUCCCGCAGUUGGGAGUGGGAGGGCGACUGGUACGUGGACCAGAGCUGCGGAGGAGAACCCAGCCAGACUGGGGGCUGGGAGUAUGCGGUCGAUUUCCCGGCCAACUUCUCGCCGGACAAGAAGUGGAACUCCUGUGUCCGCCGGAGGCGCUGGAUCCGCUACAGGAGAUACGUCGCACAGGGCACCUGGGCGAAGAUCCCGCGGGACCAUCCCAAGAGACCUCCGCUGCCGCUCUGUGACAUCAGCUGCGGCGGCUGGGAGAUGAGCGACCAGUCCGGACGGUAUCCCAACCUCUGGGGUGUGUCCCAACAAGGACAGGUGUGGUUCAGGGAGGGCAUCCACCCUCGGGUCCCAGAGGGCUCCAGCUGGGAGGAGGUAGAAGUGCCCAAGGAGGUGGCUCAGUUAUCAGCUGGCCCCGGGGACCUGCUGUGGGCUUUACUCUGGGAUGGGAACCUGCUGGUCCGUACGGGCCUCAGCCUGGACAGUCCAACUGGCACAUCGUGGGUAGAGGUGGAAUCACCGGGAAAGGAGGUCGAGGCGCUUCAUGUGGCUGUUGGAGUCAGUGUGGUCUGGGUGGUCACCAAAGACUACAAGGUGUGGUUCAGGCGUGGCGUGAACUCUCACAACCCCUGUGGCUCCGGCUGGAUAAGCAUCGUAGGGGAGAUGAUGAUGGUGGACGUAGGACUCAAUGACCAGGUGUGGGCGGUCGGUGAGGACCGCGGCCUGUAUUUCAGAAUGGGUGUAACCCCGUCUGAACCAAGUGGGAAUGGCUGGAUUCCUGUUUCUGCCCAAUGGGGUCAUAGUAAAGAGGUUAUUCCACCCAGACAUGACUGUGAGUUUAGUGGGCAGCUGACUGAGGCCUCACAAGGCUCAGUUCUGAGCUGCACUGACUCCGACUCAGAAUUAGGUCCUCCUGACCCGCAAAACACAAAUGAUACCCCAGUCCUGGAGGCAGCAGCCCCCUGCGUAGUCCCUUUAGGAAGAGCCAACACUCUUACGCCUCCCCUGGAGGCGGAGGACGCUCCCUUAGCCUCCCAGCAGGAUGUCCCCAAACCCUUCAUCCCUGCCAGCGACAGCUUCAUCAACAGCCUGGUCUCAGACCGCGACAAAACGUCCGCAUCGCAACCGACCAUCACAGAGAUACCGCAGGAGGAGGUUGAAGAGCUGUCCCCAGCCCCGAUACUCCAGACCCCUGUAGCUGCAGGACAGGAUGUCCCCUGGAUGAACGUGGAUCUGGAGGGGGCAGAAGCAGCAAGAGGGGCACAGGCGGCGGGGCCCUCACCGGCUGGUGGCAGCGCUGCUGCCACCUACACACUUGGGACUCUGGAGACCGCUCAGGGUGUCGGAGAAGAGGACGGACCAGUGUGGGCCUGGAUCUCCGGUGGAGGCUGCGAUGUGCAUGCGAGUUCACAGAUCAGCUGGCUUAGUCCCACAGUUCAGUCAGCAGCCUGGAGCGAGCAGCAGCAGCAGCAGCAGGAACACAGAGAGGAGAUCAGCAAGAAACCGCUGGAGAGAAGCAACUCGGUGUGGGUGCGUAAAGGCGCACUGCGCUGGUGGAGAGACUGGAAGCCUCAGCGCUGGGUGGAUGUGGGUGUUGCUCUGGAGCAGUCCACCAAGUCUGAUGGCAGGAAGGACAGCAUUUUCUUUGUCUACUACACGCAGUAUGAUGAGAAAAAGUACCUUCAAGUGUUUAUAAAUGAAGUGACGGCACUGGUUCCAGUUCUCAGGGACUGCCACUAUGCCUUUGCCGUGUACACAGCCCAAAGGACCAAACAGAGGUGGCCUCUGGUCCUGGCAGCACAAACUGAAAAGGACAUGAAUGACUGGCUGUGCCUGUUGUCUGACUGUUGCUGUGAGUGUCGAGGGAUCACAGGUCCCCCUUCCAGACAGGCCCUGUGGGCCACCACCUCAAAGGGAGACACCAUGGUCCAUGAGCCGUCCUUCUCCCUGGAGGUUCCUGCAAACUCACUGGCCUGUGACCUCAUGUUCUGGCGGCAAGUCCCGGGACACUUGCGCUGUGUAGAGUCUAACAGUCUGGGGCUGGUGUGGGGCAUCGGGUGGGACGGCACCGCCUGGGUCUACAGUGGGCGCUAUGGGCGACAGCCCACCCCGGGAGAUGCUGUUCAGAUGCACCAGCAGACUGAUGUCAGGAGUGUACAUGUAUAUGAGAAUCAGAGAUGGAACCCUAUGACUGGAUACACAGACAAAGGACUUCCUACAGACCGCCCGAUGUGGAGCGACGAAAGUGGGCUGAAAGAGUGCACCAAAGCGAACACACACCCACCCUCCCCUCAGUGGUCCUGGGUAUCAGAGUGGGCUGUGGACUGCAACGUCCCUGGAGGAACAGACAAAGAAGGCUGGCAGUACGCCGCAGACUUCCCUGUGACAUUUCACGGCCACAAAACCAUGAAAGACUUUGUUAGGCGCAGAAGAUGGACAAGGAAGUGUAAGAUCACAUUGAGAGGUCCAUGGCAGCAGGUCCCACCCAUCCCGCUGAGUGACAUCUCUCUGAUGGCCUGUCUGGCCCAGAGCAGGAUGGAGCAGGUCCCUGUCUGGGCCCUCAGUGACAAGGGAGAUGUCCUGUGUCGUCUGGGAGUCAGCCCCCAAAACCCAGCGGGCAGCUCCUGGCUACAUGUAGGCACAGAUCAGCCCUUCAAGUCCAUCUCCAUCGGCGGAGCCAACCAGGUGUGGGCCAUCGCCAAGGACGGAGCUGUGUUCUACAGAGGAUCAGUGUCCCCACAAAACCCUGCAGGGGAAUGCUGGUACCACAUCCCUUCUCCUCCAAGACAGACCCUCAGACAGCUGUCGGUGGGCCGGACCUCUGUCCUCGCCGUGGAUGAAAACAGUAACCUGUGGUACAGACAGGGCCUCACCCCCAGCUACCCUCAGGGCUCCGCCUGGGAGCUCAUCUCCAACAACGUCACCAAGGUUUCUGUGGGACCGCUGGACCAGGUGUGGAUCAUAGCAGACGGGGUUCCAGGUUUCCCUGCUGAGUCGCCGGGAGCUGUCUGCCACAGGCUUGGGGUGGGGCCCGUGCAACCCAAGGGCCAGUCCUGGGACUAUGGUAUAGGGGGAGGAUGGGAGCACAUCAGUGUGAGGGGGAACUCAGCAGAGGCUCCUCGUGCCCCCCACCCUCCACCUGCUGGACCCCCGCGACCUCCGACACAGGCGAACGGGACCGCCGUGGGUGUGUAGCACCCACUCAUCUCCUCCUCCCGUGCCCCGGCCCUGUUUGUGCCUGGAUCUACAUUCGUCCCCUCAGACCACUCCAGCAGGCUCUUAUCCCUUCAUUUAGUGGGGAUGCACAAUCGCACCACUGAGUUCCUAUUGUACAUUUUGGUUGGAUUCGACUCUUGAUAGGUGGAUGAAUGUUGCUCUCUGGCUUGUUUGCCCUCGCAGAAAUCAUGCCAGUGUGCAGUCAUGACAAAACAGAACAAGGGAGCAUUUAAAUGGGAUGGAUCUUAAAAGUGAGUGCAUGUGUUUGCCCUUACUAGGCUUUGGCUACUGAGUGUUUUUGGAUCUAGCAAUAGCUUUUAUACUUAUAUACAAUAUCCUGUGAAAACCUAAGAGGCUGGUACUUCGAUAAAGGGCUAAGGCUUGGGUACCACACUAACUCGUCUUCAGACAUACAAUUUCACUGUAGCCGAAAUUGUCUUGGUUUGUAGAGUGUUGUUGUUUUGUUUGUGUUUAUUAUUUCUCUGACAUACAUUUGCAUGUGAUUUCAUUUAUUUAUUUAUUUAUUUAUUAAUGAUGCUCUUGUUGACUUUUGUUUCUCCAUAUGUUUUGUCCUAUUAUAUGUUUGUAAUGGAGUGUUCUUUGCCCGUUUCGCUACAACAAGCCUUCCUAAUAUCGAGGGCUUUUUCAAAAGGACUGGCAAAAUUUAAGCUAUUCAUACUGGAUGAAAAUAUAUGGCUCUUAAUUACGAGAGACUGCAAUGGAAAAUAUGAGACAUUCAGUCUGCGAUAAGGAAAAGUUCUUCCUGUCAGUAUCACACCCAACCACAUGACUGCUAUGACCGUGACUCUUGUAACUGCACAGCAGGUCUGAAUGUCACCGUGACCGGACAUUCAUCUUCCAAGGGCAUUGAAGUGUGAAAUAAAAGUCUAAAAAUACUGCUACAUGUUCCGACAUCAUUUCACACUAGAUUUGGAAAACGACCUGACUGCAGUACCUCGGCUAACAGCAGUGAAUCACUUACCUUUUUAUUUAAUUCAUUCGAUUGUGAAGAUGGGUGUCUUUCUUUUGAGAGCAGGAGAGAGAGAAAUGACUAAUCUAUGUUACGCUCAACCAGGCGUGUGCAUCAGCUUUCACAGGCCUCCUCUCCACGACAGUCGCAUACUGCCGAGGGGAUCCAAAUUCUGCAGGGGAAACGCUCCAUCACAGCAGAGCCUAGCCAAGGCCUCUCUAGUAGACCUACACCUGCCCAGGGCUUCUCACCCUGGGCAACUCCUAUCCAGCAGUCUAGUUUUGAGAAUCGCCGUUGUGUGCGGAGCUAAACCAUAUUUCUAGCUGAUACCACUCUUACCUUCCACGCUUGGUCUGGCUCCUCCCCACCAGUGAUUACAUUCCAAAAGCCAGCUUUUUAUGGCCUAGGUUCAUUCCUUGCCUGCCAAGACACCUGACUCCUUCACGCAGACUCACUAUGUGCAGCUAGCCCAAAGAAAUGUGUCACAUAAGAUACCAGCCGUAAUUAGAAGUUCAUUUGCAUUUAUUUUCAUAUUAAACAGUGUAAUUAUAAACAUUUCAUUCAAUUACACUAAGCAUGAUCAAUAUGAAGUAAAAAUAUUUUUAAAAUCUACAAGUUUAAAGGACAGAAUGAAUUCACAUCCGCUUCUGUGUCUUAAUUUAACUGCUUUUAAGCCAAUGACUGAUAUGUUCCUCUGAUCAACUCAGCUUUAAGUUACAAAAUGAAACCUCAUACCUAUAACUCAGUUACAUCAUUUCCCAUUUACAGACCCAAAAAAAAGAAAGAAAAAAAAACCCAAAAAACAUUUAUAUACAUCAGUACAGUUUAACAUUAAGUUACAUUUCUCAAAUGUGCAAGAUUAAGCAAAUGUAUACUGU